CGCGGACGCCAGGGGCGUGGUAGGAAUUCUGGGCCCCGGGCCAUUCAAGGUCAGGGGCGCACCUUCCAUCCUGGGCCUCCCCUGCUCCAGGCCUGUGCCUGGCUAGGAACUCUGCCAUUCUCCUGCAAGGCUGGGACACCUCCAGCCCCAAUCCUGGGUAGGAGAUUAGGAAAGAUUUUUUUUGCCAGUGGAGACUCAGAGGAGAGGCAGGGCUGACAGGGUUAGGAUCUUGGCCUUGUUAUUUACCCUUCUCUCUGUUAACCGCUCUCUACUCCCAAGAAUUGCCUUUGACUUUUUCUUCCUUCUUUCCUACCCUCCUUCCUUCCUCUUUUUUUUUCUUUCUUCUUUAUUCCUGCCUCUUUUUCUUUCCUUUUCUUUCACCUUCAGUCUAUGUCCAGUUUUUUUCUAUCUCUACCUCCUCUCUUCCCCAACUAUUCCUUUGAGAGGAAACCAGGAGAGAUCCAGGGCUUGCUUGGGCAGAGCGGGGGUGGGGUGUUUUAUUUUUCUAUGUGCGUUCAAGUAGAGGUCCUAAUCGGCUGAGGAAGGGCUCCAGGGGCGCGGCUGUUGAAGGCUGUGGGUCUGGGCCUGGUGUGCGGAGGCGCAGACAAGGCCUCGGUUACGAUCACGACCGGAUGGCGGCGGCCUGGCAGUUCCUACUCCACGGCAGCAUAGGAGAUCUGAUUAGGGGGCAUUCGCGGCAUUUUUGUGUGCCCAUUCUGAGGACAAGGAGGCCUUCGCCAACGUCACUAGGGAGCUGAGGCCGAGACCUGGGCUGAGGCCCAGCCAGGCUCAGUGGAGUGACACACAGGGAACUGCCAGGAAGCUUCCUCGGCGCUCUGGCCUGCGGGUCCAGGCUCUGGCUUUAACCGAGAUAAGGGAGCCCCACUAGGGCAAAGAUUGGCUGCUUGCUUGCCAGUGGCUGCUAUCGGGUUCAGAGUAUGUUAGAUAUGGCAUCCUUGUGGGGACACAUGCUAGAGAAGGGAACCCUUGCAGUGCCAGUCUGUUUCAAAUAACAAGGGAAAGGAAUCCUAAAUUCCAGAACUGUUGGGACACAAACUUGAGUCCAUGUUCUUAAGUUGUAGGCGACGGUUUGAAGCCAGUGGGGCCAUUCUCGCUCAGGCGAACUGAAAACAACUUGCAUCCCUCCACAUCCCCCCACAUGUGUGCGGACCUUCAGGCUGAAGCCCACCGAGCAGUGCUUCCCUUCCCAGCUCCAGCAGCCCAGGAACUGUUUUCACUGUUCAGCCUGCCCUCCUGAAAGGCCGGCAUUGGGCAUUUGCCUCAGUUCCUCUCAGACAUUUUCAGGACCUUAGUGCUGGACUUGUUUUGGAGGCCAAGGUUUUUGAACUCUCAGGCUAGAUGAGGCACUUUGUAAUUACACACAUUUAUUGUUUCUUUAUGCACACACAAUCCCUUUCAGUUACAAAAUAAAAGCAGACACAAAAGCCUGAAUAUUCUCUCCCCAAACCUGUGGGCUAAAUAGGGAUAAUAUUUAGUUUUGUGAUUUCCCCCCUUUCUAAGCACCAGUAAGGACUGCUUAAUUCUCAACGUCUGCUAAUUAUUUAGUAACCGUCCUAUUUGGGGAGGGGGGGGGGCUAAGGCUAUUUAAAGAAACAUCUUUUUUAUUUCAAAAAAUACUACUAAUAAUUGGUGUUUUCUCUGGUUACAAAAAAUGGAAAAGGCAACCAGGCCUAUCCAGCCCGUUAGUAGACAAUUACAAUUAGGCGUGAAGGUUUCUUCUAGGUUUAAUUUUUCUUAAUGAAAACCUAAGAGGUUGGUAUUUGGGACACCCUGGGCCGCGGUGGGGGUUGGGAUAAGGCAGAGGAAUUUACUUGGAAAGGAAAAUAUUAGGGAGGAGGGGGGCCGAGCGGCCAGGACCGGCCACGUCGGAGUUCAUUGUGUCGGCCACUUCCCUCUUCCGGCGCGGGCCGGGGAAGGGGCACCCAGCUGCUCUCUGCGCGGCUUCGCAGACUCAUUCUUGGGGGGAGCCUGGCAUUUGAGGGUCCCCGCCUGGGACAGGGAUGUAUCUGGGUUUGGAGGGAUUGCUGAAACUGUUGGGGAGGACGAAGGCAAAAAAGAAGAUGGAAGCGACCGAUGCCGCCCGCCCACCCCUGCCGCCAGGGCAGUGCGCUAAUGAGAAACACACUCUUGCAAGGACCAUAGUCACACGUGAAUUUAAUUACCCCGCUUUUAGCAAUCGCCUCUUUCUGUUAGGGUUUGGGGUAGGUUUGGUUGUUUUUUUUUCUAAUUAACAUACAGGCCGAGGCCUUUUAAUUUACCUCUUAAAGAUUCUAAGGGGUGAGAAAUACCUUCCUCAAUUUGGCCAAGCUGAGGAAUGGGAUUAAAAGUGAAUGGCCUGUGCUCCUCCCCGUUUUAAUUUCUAGCCCUGGACUUGAGCUGCGGCGCCUCGCUUUGGGCCUUGUAACUGCCGAGCCGCGGGGUCGGGUGGGUAACCGCGGCGGGCCCGGGAUAGUGGGCAGGAAGGAAGGAGCCCUGAAGGACUCACACGGGGGGCCGGGAGGCCAACCGCGCCGGUGCGGGCCUCGCAGCUUCUGGAGCCGCGGGAUCUCAGGCGGGGCUGCCUUUUCGCCCGCGAACUCGCCUUUCAUUGAUACUGCCUCGUGUUUUUUCGCAGCUCAGGUUCAGGGAAGGCGACGAGGCUUGCAGAGCUCAGCGUUAGGGGCGAACACCCGGCUGGGGAGCCUGCUGCGUCCGCGGGGGGCUGGGGGAUAGUGAUUCCGGGCUGACGACGAGCGGGGCGCGCGUGUGCGCGGGGUUGGGGUCGAGUGCACCGCACAACCCGGUCCUCAAACCCAUAGCCUCAGGGACGGCUGGCCACUCCCUUUCUGGCCGCUUCUUGGUGGGGCCUCGCUGGAGGCUCAGCGGCGAAUUUGGGAGCUGCCCGGGCGCCCUGCGCUCCAGUCGGGCAGAUUCCGGGGGUCCGCAAUAGGUGCUGCCUUCUCAGCGGCCUGUCCCUGCCCAGCGCGCUCUGGCAGGGGCGGCGGUGGCUCAGUUUGGGACGGAUGUUGCGUUGAAUUUGACUUUUCUCGACCGGCCCGGGUAAACUCGCAUCUCCUGGGACCGCAAGGAUUAUUUACAGGGAGCUCGCCAACCAAACACAACAGUCUAAUUUAACCUUUCCAAGUCCUCGUAAAUUUUUACAGCUGGGAGCCACGACGCGGCAAACGAGUCUGUUGGUCGUUCCCAACUUCCCCCCAGCCUGUGUGGCUUCUGAAACAAUAACUCCUUAUGAAAUAUCAUAAAUAUAGAUUUAAAUACAGUAGAGCGAGAAUGCGAUUUGGCUGUCUUUUUAUGGCUUCAAUUAUUGUCUAAUUUUAUGUGAGGGGCUCCGCUGGCCGCACUCGCACGCGGUCCCGCGCCUUGCUGAUGGCGUGAUUAAUUGUGAUAUAAAAUAGUCCGCUUAAGAAGUCUGUGUAUGGUGGUGGCGGUGGGAGGGGAGGGAGUACAGACGCAAGGCCAGAUUUGAUCUUUUAAUCUUCGUUGGCCACAAUUAAAACAAACCCGAUCCUGGAGCGCCGCGAUCCCUUUGCAUAAAAACAUAUGGCUUUUGCUAUAAAAAUUAUGACUGCAAAACACCGGGCCAUUAAUAGCGUGCGGAGUGAUUUACGCGUUAUUGUUCUGCCGGGCGGACACGUGACGCGCGCGGCCAAUGGGGGCGCGGACGCCGGCAACUUAUUAGGUGACUGUACUUCCCCCCGGUGCCACCAAGUUGUUACAUGAAAUCUGCAGUUUCAUAAUUUCCGCGGGUCGGGCCGGGCCUGCCGGGCGCGGGGCACGGCGAUGGCCACCACCGGGGCCCUAGGCAACUACUACGUGGACUCAUUCCUGCUGGGCGCCGAUGCGGCGGAUGAGCUGGGCGCCGGCCGCUACGCGCCGGGAGCUCUGGGCCAGACCCCCAGGCAGGCCGCGGCGCUGGCGGAGCACCCCGACUUCAGCCCGUGCAGCUUCCAGUCCAAGGCAGCGGUGUUUGGCGCCUCGUGGAACCCGGUGCACGCGGCGGGCGCCAGCGCGGUGCCCGCGACCGUGUAUCAUCACCAUCACCACCACCCCUACGUGCACCCCCAGGCGCCCGUGGCGGCGGCGGCGCCGGACGGCAGGUACAUGCGCUCCUGGCUGGAGCCCACGCCGGGCGCGCUCUCCUUCGCGGGCUUGCCCUCCAGCCGGCCUUAUGGCAUUAAACCUGAACCGCUGUCGGCCAGAAGGGGUGACUGUCCCACGCUUGACACUCACACUCUGUCCCUGACUGACUAUGCUUGUGGUUCUCCUCCAGUUGAUAGAGAAAAACAGCCCAGCGAAGGCGCCUUCUCCGAAAACAAUCCCGAGAAUGAGAGCGGCGGAGACAAGCCCCCCAUCGAUCCCAGUAACCCGGCUGCCAACUGGCUCCACGCUCGCUCGACGCGGAAGAAGCGCUGUCCUUAUACGAAGCACCAAACACUGGAACUGGAGAAAGAAUUUCUGUUCAACAUGUACCUCACCAGGGACCGCAGGUAUGAGGUGGCUAGACUGCUCAACCUCACCGAGAGGCAGGUCAAGAUCUGGUUCCAGAAUCGCAGGAUGAAGAUGAAGAAAAUCAACAAGGACCGAGCGAAAGAUGAGUGAUCCAGCUGCGGUUCGUUUAGGAAAGAGCGCGCGAUCUAGAGAGCGAGAGCUGCCCGUCCCCUUCUCCUGCCCCCACCAACCCCAGCCUCCACUACCUUGCACAGAGUGGCUCUAAAAUACAGGCCUCAUCCCCCCCCUGGCAAACCCUGCUCAGGGUGGUUCCUUGGCCUGCUGCUUUGAUGGAGGAGGUAUUGUAAGCUUUCCGUUUUCUAGAAGAGGGAAAAGGGGGGCGGGCGGGGGGCAUUAGCGUUGAUGGCUGUGUGUGCUAGCUUGUAUAUAUUUUAAAAAAUCUACCUGUUCUGACUUAAAACAAACAAAAAAACUACCUUUUUAUAAUGCACAACGGUUGACAGUGAGCUGUAUAGUUUUUAGUCUGUAGUUAAUUUAAUUUGCUCUUUGUGUGGCAGAGAGAUCUGCCCAGAUACUUGAACACUGUGUUUUAUUGUGGUAAUUAUGUUUUGUGACUCAAACUUCUGUGAUGGGUGACGCACCCAUUGUGAUUGUGAAAGCUAGAAUUCGAUUUGAACUCAGGUUGUUUAUGAGGGGUGAAAGCAGUUGCAUAGAGUAUAGCUCUGUAGUGGAAUAUGUCUUCUGUAUAGCUAGGCUGUUAACUUUUGAUUGUAAACUAGCUGUAAGGAUUUCCCAAUGAAAUACAAUUUUAAAAAAAGAAAAGAAAGAAAGAAAGCAUUCUCCGGGAUGCGUAAGUUCAUGGUUUUCUCCAUUUUUGAAGUGUGGGCAUUUUAGUCUCUACAUGCUUGAAAGACCUGUCUUGUCCAUUGUAUGUAUAUAAUCCACAUAUUAAAGAAAAAGUAAUCAAACAAGCUUGAAUAUUGUUUUUGCACCAAACAGUGAGAAAAUUUGGAGCUAUACAUAUGUGCAGAAGGUUACUACCUAUGGUUUACGUUUAAUUUUAGUUGGGGGAAAAUGAAUGCUUAUUGUAAUGGAGUUAAUUUUAUUGAUAAUAAAUUAUACACUAUGAAACCGCCAUUGGGCUACCGUAGAUUUGUAUCCUUGAUGAAUCUGGGGUUUCCAUCAGGCUGAACCUACACUGUAUAGUUUGCAAUAGUUACCUCAAGACCUACUGACCAAAUUGUUGUGUUGAAAUGAUAUUUAACUUUUUGCCAAAUAAAGUAUAUUGAUUCUUUUCU